GUUUCUCUCCUGGAUCUAGGCCAAUAGCUGAUCUGCCUUAUCUGCCAGCGCGGCUCGAACAAGUGGCAGUUGCUCAUCCACAUUCACACGUCAAUGGACAGCUCCCACGAAAUGAACUUCAGUGAAUUGAGCGAUGCGGUGUAUAAGGCUUUGCCUUCUAAAUGCUGGGAGGGUGACAAGGCUUACCGCGAAUGGGCACUCGAUACGGCAGUCAAGGAGAAGUUUCAAUGGUCUGUGGAAGACUACAAGAAACAGGGCUUUGCGCGAAGGUAUACUUUCCAGCUCUUCGUUGAUCGUGCAAAGGCUACCUGGAAGCUUAUGCAAAAGGUGGUCGAAACAUUUCAGCCGGAGCUGGGAGAGGGCACUCAGAUCUUUGACUUUGGCGCAGGGCCUGGAUGUGCAACAGCAGGCGUGGCUAGCUUCUUGCACCACCGCAACAUGUCUGCAAGUGUCAACGCUUCCCUUUUUGACCCGGCAGAAUGGGCACCUGCAGUGGAGGCAUUGACGUCUUCACUCUCCUGGAUGAAUGCGGACUUCCGCUGUCGCGACAAUCUGCAGGAGAUGCUGACAAGCUUCAAGGAGCGAGUUCAGGAGUCCGAUGGGCGCUUUAUCGUCAUCCUGAGUCAUGUGUUGCGGGACUUUGAAGGACGUCACCUGUUUCUGGCAGGGCCUGAAGGAAGCUGCGCAAGGCAAGCCUGUCCUCGCACUCAUUGUGGAAAGAUUUGAUUGCCAGAAGCUCCUACCCGAAGGCCGUAAACUCAUUCUCGAGAGGUCUGGUUGCCAGAAGGGCCGUCAUGGUUCUCUUCUGUCUUCUUCUCCCACUCAAGACAAGCCGCCAAAAGAAGAACGUGGGAAGGACUGGUGCGCAGCGGUGGUUGUGCAAGAGAAGCUUCCACCAUGUAGCCCGAAGAGCCGCAUGGCGCAAGUCAGCUGCCCAACAGUUCGGUGAAGCAGAAGAAGGCCUCGCACAAAGGACGUCCUGCAUAACCCUUUGUACGGGAACUGCUCUACCCGUUUUUAAUAGGAAGAUAACAGUGAGCGGUUUCCACUCAGUACAGCCCAUGGUUUUUUUUCUUCUCCAAAUGAGUACAGAUCAAAAGGCCAACA